UGCGCACGCGCCUGAGGGCAGAGGGCGGGGCGCGCGGCACGGCCGUUAAGGCGGGCGCGUGCCGGCCGUUACCUGAGGGGGCGGUGUCAGCACGUGACGGCGGGCGGCGCGUGCGCCUGAGGGGCGAGGCGUGCGGCGCCACCGUUAAGGCGGGCGCGUGCCGACCGUUACCACAGCGGAGGUGUCGGCCGUUAAGGCGGGCGCGUGCCGACCGUUACCACAGCGGAGGUGUCGGCCGUUAAGGCGGGCGCGUGCCGACCGUUACCACAGCGGAGGUGUCGGCCGUUAAGGCGGGCGCGUGCGCGCCGACCGUUACCACAGCGGAGGUAUCGGCCGUUAAGGCGGGCGCGUGCGUGCUGACUGUUACCACAGCGGAGGUGUCGGCCGUUAAGGCGGGCGCGUGCCGACCGUUACCACAGCGGAGGUGUCGGUCGUUAAGGCGGGCGCGUGCCGACCGUUACCACAGCGGAGGUGUCGGCCGUUACCACAGCGGAGGUGUCGGCCGUUAAGGCGGGCGCGUGCGCGCCGACCGUUACCACAGCGGAGGUAUCGGCCGUUAAGGCGGGCGCGUGCGUGCCGACCGUUACCACAGCGGAGGUGUCGGCCGUUAAGGCGGGCGCGUGCCGACCUUUACCACAGCGGAGGUGUCGGCCGUUAAGGCGGGCGCGUGCCGACCUUUACCACAGCGGAGGUGUCGGCCGUUAAGGCGGGCGCGUGCCGACCGUUACCACAGCGGAGGUGUCGGCCGUUAAGGCGGGCGCGUGCCGACCUUUACCACAGCGGAGGUGUCGGCCGUUGAGGCGGGCGGAGCAGCAUCUGGAGUUGUGAGGAACGCAGUGCCUUCCUGGGCGCUGAGCUGGGCCGAGCUGCCGACCAGCCCUGGGGCCUCCUGGCGUUGUAGCACGUCUUGAGGGGACAAGCACCCUGGAGUGAGAAUCGUCGAGCGAGAAUCUUGAUAUGCAUCCAGCUGGGCCAAGCAGAUUGCAGUGCUACCCAAGUUUUUAGGCUGGCCUGGCUUGCUGAAGCUGUGACACGAGCUCUAAAGCUGACUUGAAGAAAGCAUCAGGAGGGCUCAUCCACAAGCCAAAACACCGUUUUUGGAAAUGAAUGUUAGAUCAGACACUGGAAAAGCACACAGUUCUUCUUCCAGGAAAAUUUGGGAGUUCUUCAACUGCUUCUGGCGUUGCAAAAUUCCUUCCAGCGUGAGGAACAGCGGUAGUACUGACACAGGAAAUAUUCUGAUAUUCCAGAUGGAAAAACUUGCUGUCAAGGCUCUGGAGCAGCUGCUUGGAGGAGAGCUUUCCACUGGCUGGCUGGGCUGUGAAUUUCUAAGAAGAAGCGUCUGUGAGCAGAUGACGGUGUUUGAGAGGCAGCUGGACAUUGACGAGAUGUCCAACGCACAGGUGUGGGUCUCGUGUCUGUCACCAAAUGGCAUUGAUGAGAACAGAAGAAGGAGCAGAUGGUGGCACCGUCCUGUUUCGGCAGCAGAUACUGCCCUGGAGUUGUGCGUGGUGCAAAAAGCGUCCCCGUGUGGAGAAGCAGAUAGCGCUCCUGCAAAGUGUCAGUGUGGUGGAUUUUACGGUGGAUUUCUACAGCUGAGGGACAUCUGUGAAUUUCCAGGUCAUGUAACUUUGCUCACUCUUGUGGAAAGCCUGAGGAGCUCCAGGAGGGUUUUAAAGAAGAGAUCUUCUCCUGUUCAGGUUCACCUCAGACCGUCUCCAUCCGCAGGGCUCUGUUAGGAAGCAGCGAGUGGACCUGGGCUGCGGAAGCGCCUGAACGUGUGCAGGUGGUAAAACACUGGCUGCCAUGAACUUCAUAUUGAGAAAAAAGAAGAAAGAGUUGUGGUUUGGAGGCUGCUAGACAGCAAACUGCAAGCUUGUAAUGUUGUGGCUGCUUAAAUUGCUACAAGGAUAAUAGGCCAUACAUGCAUUUGUGGAUAAUUCUGUUUGCUAAUUGCUCAUGAAAUUUCAGGCUCACACAACACGCGGAUGGAGAAGGUGGCCGCGGGGUUCCACAGGACGGUGGCCGAACCUGCCCUGGCUCAGGACAGACUCUGGAUCCCCCCUCCAGGAUGAAAAUGAAGAAGGGCAUCUUCCAGGUGGCUGCGUCUCGAAAACCAGGUGCUGCAGCAAUUGACCAAAUUGCUUCCUGACCGAACGUGCUGCGCGACCCGAAGGGCCUGGCCAGGUAAAAUGUUGGAGCCUGUGCUGUCCCCAUCACCCGUUUCCAUGCAAGAUUUGGGGAAAACGGUCUCCGGAGUGCAUAGUUUGCUGCCAGGAGGUCUGGUGGGAGCUGAAGGCAUGGAGGUGAGUACUGAAUUGGCCUGUGUGCAAGCUGGACACCUCUCUCUUUAUUAUUAUUAUUAUGCGAUCAGACACUACUUAAUUAAAGGAUGUGCUGGGGAUGCACUAUUUAUACAGAAACUAUGUACACGGAAAUCCAUUUUCUCCAUGGCGAUUGCAGAUAAUGUGGUAAGCUUGGCUUUGAUUCGUUAGUAUAGCAAAAGAGAUAUUCAGAAUUAUUUGGUGUAAUUCACAGCACUUCAGAAUGCAUAGAGUUUCAUCAUACUCUAAAUCUACUGCUUGUGCCAGUAGCUCAAGCCUGUGACGACCGCUUUGCUGGAGCUAAAAUUGUGGUAGUGUCACUUUUUCAUUGUAACGCUGAGAACAUGUUUUUCAAAGUGACGCUCAGAAAAAAAAAUCUUUAAGUAAUUUUGUGUCUUGGGUUGAAAAAGAGAACCGCUACGUUUAUUUUAAUUAGUUCAUCUCAUUUAGGAGGAUAUUGUUUUAUAUGUCUUUGGGUAAAAGUUUGUGCCGCCUCUGUUUUUGUUUUCUGGCAAGGUUAAAACCCUUAGGAGCAGCAACGGGUCCCAGCAUCUCCUGGCCCGUUUCACACUCAUUCCACCCUCCCGGCUGCACCGAGCUGGGCGAAUCCAGACGCUUCCCACUCACGUCCAUGCAAACUGCACCAGCCUGGAAAAGUCUCUGGUUUUAAACUCUGCUUUUAGGAUAGAGUCUCAAAAACUCUUUCUAGCCAAUGGUAACCUUGGGCAACAGGAAAUCCUUAUCAUUUCAAAGUGUGGGUCCAAAUUAAACAAGAAAUCCAGGCUGCCAUUUCUGACAGCUAUUCAGAGUUUUUUCACCUAAACAUGAUGUGCAUAUAGAUCUCACCACCCUCACAGCAAAGCCUGUCCAAGGCACCUUCGGAGACAGGAUUUUAAAACAACAUUAUGCAAGUGAUUAAUCUUACAGUGAGGCCAUCAUAGGGAUGCUUUUUCCUUCUUUUUUUUCCUUUUUCUUUUUAUUUUUUCUUUCUUUUUCCUUAAUUUUCCGCAGCCCCCUGUGUUCUGAGCACUCCUUAUCUGACUUCAUUGGGCACUGUAGUGUAUUUGGAAUCAGUUGCAUAAUUUAAAUGUCUGGCUAUAGUUGCUUGGUGACCAGGCUUUUUGUCUUGGUAUCAUAGAUUAAAAUGUUCAAAGUGUUACCUGAACAUCGUGAUUUAGUCCUGCUUGGGGCUCUUUGGCCUGUACCUGGCAAGUGGAAAUGUGAUCAGAUGGUCUUUUCCCUCUGUUUUCAGCUGCUUCAGUCCCUAAACCUGAGGUUGCACGUUACUGAUUUAUCCAAUUCCUCUAACCAGUUAUUUAUUUUUAAAAUAAUUGGCUGAAAAAUGUUCACAGCUAUUGAGAGAAUAAUUUAAUAAUGAAAAUCUGCUUUUAUUGCUGAGAUUCUCCUAUGUAUGUAUGUAUGUAUUUAUUUAUCUGCUUCACCAUCUGAAAUGUUUGGGAAAGAAUUUAAACUGACUGCAUUUAAUGCACAAGAUUUCACACCUCUGGGCUCUGUAUUUAUAGCUCUGUCAUGUUCCUUUCUUGUACUGACCUGAAGAAGAGGGUUUGUUUUCCUUAACUGAUGAAAAGGUUGUCUGUCAUGGUGUGGUUAUUGCAGCACAAAAUAUUGCCUAAAACUUGACCCUGAACCAAUUUUGUACAAGGACAAUUUACCCCAGAAUUCCAAAGGAGAGGCAAAGCGCACUCUAACCAAAGACGUCAGCUGCUUUGGGUGUAUAAAACCAGGGUGAUUCUGAAAAUCCUUCAUGGGGCCUCUGUUUUAAAUGCACGCAGCCUCUGGUCUUGGCUGAACUAUUGUUUCUCCCAGUGUUCAUGUUAAUAUGGGUUUUCAUUGAUGUGCAAUAAUUCAGAAAUGUAAAAAGUAGGUGUUUUAAUCAGCUUUAUCAAAUGACGCUGUUGUAAACUCCAUGACGUCGGCAUUCAAAGGGCCGGUACCGAUUUCAGUGGACAUUGUGCGCAGUCACUUCCCAGGAGGGUUUUCCACUCCUACUCCGUUAUAUGAUGAAUUCUUCCCGUCCCACCUGUGCCCGCGACAGAACGCGGAGAACUUGGGACGGGCGUUCGCUCCGGCGGUUUGAGGAGAGGACGGAGCAGCAGGACACAGCCGGAGCUCCUACAGAGUAUCAGCUCUUCUUACAUUUAGGAAGCCAACGAGUACAAACUGUAAAUGGACAUGUACAGUGAUCUCUUCACCAGUGCUGAAUAGACAGAACGCGAGCUGUGCCCCCUCUAGUUGUCUUCCCAAAGUCUGAGUGCUUUUUUUCUAUCUAGUCAGGAUUCUACCUGCCAUUGUGUUCACUGCCAGUUGCAAUGGGAAUAAUUUAUUAGUACCUUUGCAAGUUUUACAUCCCUUUCUAUUCAAAUUGACCACAAACAGACUGAGUGUUUUUAAUCAGAAACAUUUAUUUCCUAAAUAAUUUGUAGAGGGAAGAGAAUGUUUUCCUCCCUAUACAGGUAAUUCGAAGGUAAAACAGCAUUAGUGCCAGAGACAAAAGGUGUGAUGCACACAUAGGCUGGUUACGGGCACUGUGUCUUCUCCCCGAUUGAAUUAAUGUGGCAAUGAAGAUUUCUUUAUUUAAGAAAAAUGACCUGCUCAAUAUCUGUUUUACUUGUUCAGAAUUUCUUUCUGCAAAUGUUGUUGUGUGUUCUGGUUUGCUCACUGUAUCAAGCACUGUACUUUUUGUAUAUCUCUGUCUACUAAAAUUGCUAUCAGAGUAUGUGGAAAAAGCAAAUGCAACCCCUGGCCGCCUUAAGUGCACAAGUAAUAGUUCAUAUGGAAGCUGCAUGAUUUCUUUAAAUGUAGAAUUCUCAAUUAAGGGCUUAAUUAUGAAAUAUUUACUCAUUCUGCUGAGGACUUAGCCAGCCAACACUCCUGGGUCCUUUAGGAGUAGCUACCUGAGGAAACGUUCACCAUUGUGAACAGGUAAGUUGCUUGCCUGUGUGCUGUGCACGUGUGUGUCUGUGUGCAUCUCUGCACAUAUGUGUAUGUCUGUUUGUGUCUGUGCACAUCUGUGUGUGCAUGUGUGCACGUCUGUGUGUGUGUGUGCGUCUGUUACUUGUCUGAGUGCAUGUGUCUCUGCAUUUUUGUGUGCAUAUCUGUGUGUCUGCACGUGUCAGUGUGUGCAUGUGUCUGUCUGUGUGCGUCCAUCUGUGUGUGUGUCUGUUUCUGCAUAUCUGUGUGCAUAUGCGUGACCGCAUGUACGGCUGUGUGUGUCCACACCGUUGUUUGCAUGUGUGUGCGCUUAUCUAUGCACGUAGGUGUGUGCAUGCACAUCUCUGUGUAUCUGUGUGCAUGCGUGUACACGUCUGCGUGCGUGGGAGCGUGUGCAUGUCUCUGUGUUCGUAUCUGUGCGCGCACCUGUUUGCAUCUGUGUGUAUAUGCGCAUGUGUCUGGGUGUGAAUGUGUAUGUGCGCAACUGUGCUCAUCUCUGUGCACGCGUGGAUGCAUUUGUGUGUCUCUGCGCAUCUUUGUGUGCCCAUGUGUGCGUGCAUAUCUGUGCGCCCAUUUGUACGUGAGUGAGUGCAUUUGUGUGUGCACGUGUUCAUCUGCGUGUUGUGAUUGUGCUGUCCUGAUCCUGGACUUUUUUGCUUAUUUGUUUUCCGGGAGAUUUCUCUUUAUUUGGCCUCUGAUCACAGCCAGACUGGUUUAGGAUCUGGUUGGUCAGAGCUGGUGGUGCUUCAUCACUUGUAGCUCUUUCAGUAUUUGUUGCUGAUGUUAACACAGCCUGUACCUUUUGAAGAUGAACUCAGCCAACAGAUGCUUUGCUCGGUACUUCAGCCUCGUAUGUAUUUUGUCUGUGUGGGUGGGUUUGAGUACAGCAGGAUUUCCCUGACCAGUGCUGGUUUGUCUUUUUUUUGCGUAUUCUGGUUUACUGGUGUAUUGUCUUUUAGUUAAACUUGUUGUACUCUACUGCUGAAGACAUAUGUUGAUCUGUUUUCAGCUGUGUAUCUUGCUCUGUAUACAGGGAACUACAUUGGAAUAACAACCCAAGUUUUACCAUUUGAGCUGGGAAAACAGUUCCUGUGAGAGACUUGGGGUCUGAAAGGUGUUUUCACUUCUUCUUUGUAUCAAUGCUUGUUCAACAAUAUCACUUCUGAGAUGUAAGGGCUGUAAACGGCUAGUUUGUAAAACUGCAUUUGUGCGAGUGUCUGUGCACGUGUUCAUAUGUGUGCAUGUUCAUCUGUGGUUCUGCAUAUGUGUGCACAUCUGUGUGACUGUGUAUGUAUGUUUGCCUGCGCACCUGUGUGUGUCUGUGCAUGCAUUAGUGUGUCUUUGUCUGUGUAUGUGCACAUCUGCGUCUGCAGAGGCAUUUGUAUGUGUGCGCAUGUGUCUGUUGUGCAUCUGUGUGUACAUGCAGGUCCAUGUCCACAUCUGUGUAUGUGUGUGCAGAUCCUUGUCGAUAUGUGCAUUUGUGUGCACACAUGUCUGUGUGUGUGUGUAUUUCUUUUUGUGUAUGUGCACAUGUUCAUCUGUGUGAGCAUUUGUGUGCACAUGGAUCUGAGUUUAUGCCUGUGUGUGCAUAUGUCUGUGUGCGAUCGUAUACGUGUUCCUGUGGAUCUGUGUGUCAGCAUGCACAUCUCUGCAUGUAUGAGCAUGUGUGCCCAAGCAUGUGUAGGUGUGUAUAUGUCUAUAUGUGCAUUUUUGUGCACAUCUCUGUGCACGUGUCCACAUGUGUGCAUCUGUGUAUGCAGGUCUCUCUGCCUGCUUGUGUACAUGUCUGCAUGCAUGGGAGAGUGUGUGUGCAUGUGUCUCUAUCUGUGUGCACACCUGUUUGCAUCCUUGUGUAUAUGUGCACAUGUCCAGGUGUUAAUGUAUAUGUGCGUACACACCUCUGUGCAGGUGUUGAUGCAUUUGUGUGUCUCUGCACACAUAUGUGCACAUCUUUGUGUGCCCAUGCGUGCAUGCAUUGUGUGCCUUUGUGUAUUUGUGUGUGUGUCCAUCUGCAGGUGUGUGUAUGUGUAGAUCUGUGUGUCUGCAGGGGUGUUCAGGUGCAUAUGUGUACACAUCUGUGAGCGUGACUUUGUAUGCAUCUGCGUGUGUGUGCACCUCUGCAUCUCAGUGUGUUGGUGUGUGCGCAUGUUUCUGCUUCUGCGCCUGUUGUGCAUCUGGGUGUACAUGCAGGUCUGUGUCCACAUCUCUGUGUAUAUGUGUGUGCACAUCUGUGUGUGUGCAUCUGUAUGUGUGCACGUGCAUCUGCGUACGCCGUUUUGCGCACGGGUGUAUCUGUGGGCAUGUCUGUGAGCGUUUAUGUGUGUACGUGGUUCUGAGUUUCUGCAUGUGUGUGUGUAUGUCUGUGUGUGAACAUAUACGUGUUCCUGCAGGUCUGUGCAUCUGGGUGUCAGUGUGCACAUCUCUGCAUGUAUGAGCAUGUGUGCCCAAGCAUGUGUCUCUAUGUGCAUUUUUUGUGUGCAUCUCUGUAUACAUAUCUGUGUGUCCAUGUGUCCACAUCUUUCUUUGCAUGUGUGUGCAUCUGUGUACGCACGUGUCUGCAUACAUGUGCUUGUGUACGUCUGCAUGCAUGGGAGUGUGUUUGUCUCUGUCUGUAUCUGUAUGCACACCUGUUAGCAUCUGUGUGUAUACGUGCAUGUUUCUGGAUGUGAAUGUGUGUGUGUCUGUGCACAUGUAUGUGCGCAUCUUUGUAUGCUCAUUUGUGUGUAUGUAUGUGCACGUGUUCAUCUGCGUGUUGUGAUUGUGCUGUCCUGAUCCUGGACUUUUUUGCUUAUUUGUUUUCCGGGAGAUUUCUCUUUAUUUGGCCUCUGAUCACAGCCAGACUGGUUUAGGAUCGGGUUGGUCAGAGCUGGUGGUGCUUCAUCACUUGUAGCUCUUUCAGUAUUUGUUGCUGAUGUUAACACAGCCUGUACCUUUUGAAGAUGAACUCAGCCAACAGAUGCUUUGCUCGGUACUUCAGCCUCGUAUGUAUUUUGUCUGUGUGGGUGGGUUUGAGUACAGCAGGAUUUCCCUGACCAGUGCUGGUUUGUCUUUUUUUUGCGUAUUCUGGUUUACUGGUGUAUUGUUUGUCUUUUAGUUAAACUUGUUGUACUCUACUGCUGAAGACAAACAUUGAUCUGUUUUCAGCUCUGAUUCUUGCUCUGUAUAGAGGGAACUACAUUGGAAUAACAACCCAAGUUUUACCAUUUGAGCUGGGAAAACAGUUCCUGUGAGAGACUUGGGGUCUGAAAGGUGUUUCCACUUCUUCUUUGUAUCAAUGCUUGUUCAACAAUGUCACUUCUGAGAUGUAAGGGCUGUAAACGGCUAGUUUGUAAAAUUGCAAUUUGUGCGAGUGUCUGUGCACGUGUUCAUAUGUGUGCAUGUUCAUCUGUGGUUCUGCAUAUGUGUGCACAUCUGUGUGACUGUGUAUGUAUGUUUGCCUGCGCACCUGUGUGUGUGUCUGUGCAUGCAUUAGUGUGUCUUUGUCUGUGUAUGUGCACAUCUGUGUCUGCAGAGGCAUUUGUAUGUGUGCGCAUGUGUCUGUUGUGCAUCUGUGUGUACGUGCAGGUCCGUGUCCACAUCUGUGUAUGUGUGUGCAGAUCCUUGUCGAUAUGUGCAUUUGUGUGCACGUCUGUGUGCACACGUCUGUGUGUGUGUGCAUUUCUUUUUGUGUAUGUGCACACGUUCAUCUGUGUGAGCAUUUGUGUGCACAUGGAUCUGAGUUUAUGCCUACAUGUGUGCGUACGUCUGUGUGUGAACAUAUACGUGUUCCUGUGCAUCUGGGUGUCAGCGUGCACAUCUCUGCCUGCAUGAGCAUAUGUGCCCAAGCGCGUGUAGGUGUGUCUAUAUGUGCAUUUUUGUGUGCAUUUCUUUGCAUGUGUGUGCAUCUGUGUAUGCAUGUCUCUGCCUAUCUGUGUGCUUGUGUACAUGUCUGCGUGCAUGGGAGUGUGUGUGUGUCUCUGUGUGCACACCUGUUUGCAUCUGUGUGUAUAUGUGCAUGUGUCUGGGUGUGAAUGUAUAUGUACAUGCACAUCUCUGUGCACACGUAUGUGCACAUCUUUCUGUGUGCAUGCAUUUGUGUGCCUUUGUGUAUGUGUACAUUUGUGUGUCUGCAGGGGUGUUCAGGUGCGUAUGUGCGCACAUCUGUGAGCGUGACUUUGUAUGCGUGUGUGUGGACCUCUGCAUCUGUGUGUUGGUGUGUGCGCAUGUUUCUGCAUGCACGUGUCUGCUGUGCAUCUGUGUGUACAUGCAGGUGUGUGUGUAUGUCUGUGUGCGUGCAUCUGUAUGUGUGCACAUGCAUCUGUGUACGCCAUUUUGCGCACAGGUGUAUCUGUGUGCACGUGAGUGUGUGUGCGCAUUCAAGUGUGUACACAGAUCUGAGUUUCUGCAUAUGUGUGUGUUUAUGUCUGUGUGUGAACAUAUAUGUGUUCCUGUAUGUGAGUGCAUGUCUAGGUCUGUGUGUCCAUGUCUCUCUUGUGUGUGCAUCCGCGUUUCUGCAUGUGUGACUGUGCACACAAGUGUGUCUGUGUAUGAACGCAUGUGUGUGCACAUGUGGCUGUGUGUCUAGGCAUCUGUGUGCACAGGUCUGCAUGUGUGUGUGCAUUUGUAUGGCAUGCCUCUGUGUGUGGGUAUAUGUGUGGCUCCGUGUGCAUGUGUCUAUGCAUGUGUGCAGACGUGGCUGUGUGCAAGUCCGCCUGUGCGCAGGCAUCUGUGUGUGCGUGUGUGUGUGUAUGUAUGCAUGUGUCCGGAUGUGUGUGUGUGUGUGUGCACAUGUCUCUGUAUGUGAGUGGCUGUGUGCACGUGUGCACUUGCAUUCAUGUGCCUGUGUCCUUGUGCUGUGUGCACAUUUGUGCAUGCUAUCAGUGUGGGGAUGUGUGCACACGUACCUGUUUGCACGAGCACGUGUGUGUGUGCAUGUCUGUGUGUGUGUGCCUGUGUGUGUCUCCAAAACAUUCACACUGACCUUCCAUGCUGAGCCAGCAGGACGGAGCGUCCUUCACAUGGAGCAGAUGGACUGCCAAGCAAGUCUUCUGUACUUCAUUAGUACAGCCUGCAAACUUUACCCAUGCUAGAGUACAGUUUCAGUUUGGGUUUUUUUUAAAGAAGAAAUAAUAAAAACAGAUGAAAUUAUAAAACAAA